GUAGCCACUUCACUAUAUCUAUACACACUAACAUUCCCUCUGGCUCAUUCAAUGUAUUCCCUACCAUCAAGCACAUGAUGGAUGCUUCAUUACUUACUUGGAUACUCUUCUCAUGCUUCCUCUUCUUGCCAACUUGCACCGAUGCCAAGCAAGCUGACCUUCUUCGUAGUUUGAUCAGAUCCAAUAGGUCAUCUAGUGGUCGCUUUGAUGGUUUCUUGCAUCUUGUGAACGGGAGUGAAGCAUCGCCACCGAUUUAUGUUGCUCCACAGAAUGGGCUGAAAGAUUUAGAUAAGAUUGAUGCAUUGCCUGGCCAGCCUAAAGGUGUAAGCUUUGAUCAAUAUGCUGGUUAUGUGACGGUCGAGCCGCAGAAUGGAAGAACACUCUUCUACUACUUUGUUGAGUCCCCACGGGAUUCAGAAAAGAAACCACUUCUCUUAUGGCUUAAUGGAGGUCCCGGAUGCUCCUCCUUGGGAUAUGGAGCCUUGCAGGAAUUAGGACCCUUCAGAGUUAACAGUGAUGGCAAAACCCUUCUCAGAAAUAACCAUGCAUGGAACAAUGUUGCAAAUGUGAUCUUCUUGGAAUCUCCGGCGGGUGUAGGGUUCUCAUACACCAAUACAAGUUCAGAUUACAAAAACAGGGGGGACAAGAGAACAGCAGAAGACACCUAUACCUUUCUAGUCAAUUGGUUGGAGAGGUUCCCGGAAUACAAGACCCGAGAUUUAUUCAUAACUGGCGAGAGCUAUGCUGGCCACUAUGUCCCUCAGCUUGCCAGUCUUAUUCUUCUGAACAACAAGAACCCCAACAAACCAAUCAUCAACCUAAGAGGCAUAGCAAUGGGCAACGCAUACAUCGACAGCAACAUAACUGAGAUGGCAAUGUACGAGUUUUUGUGGAUGCAUGAUAUGUAUUCCGACAGGACCCACAAGCUGAUUCGGAGGACAUGUAACAUUUCAGAUAUGUCUUCGCCAGAGUGCAAACAUGCCACAAAUCUGGCCGAUAUGGAAAUUGGGUCGAUUAAUCCCUACAAUGUGUAUGCUCCACUUUGCACUGAAAAAUCACACAAAGCAACUUGCAUUACCAGUUCGAAUGUCGAGUUUGAUCCCUGCACCGAUGAGUACGUUGAUGCAUAUCUUAAUCAACCAGUGGUGCAAAAGUCUCUUCAUGCAGUUCCAAGCCUAUGGACGCACUGCAGUCUUGGUGGUUGGAGGGAUUCCCCUGAUACCAUGCUGCCUAUGAUCGAGCAAUUGACGACGAGUGGCAUAAGAAUUUGGUUAUACAGUGGUGACAUGGACUCAGUUGUUUCAGUAACAUCCACAAAGUACUCUUUAAGAAUGCUUGGCUUGCCCAUCAAAAGUCCAUGGCGCCCAUGGCAGGCCAAUGGUGAGGUAGCAGGCUAUGUUGUAGCAUACAAAGGACUUACUUUUGUGACAGUAAGAGGAGCUGGCCAUGAAGUACCGAGCUACCAACCUGAAAAGGCUCUGGUCAUGAUCUCUGCAUUCCUUAAGGGAAAGCUUCCUCCUCCUCCAUGAGAAGCAUCAUCCCCUCACCCUCUGUCUACUUUAUGGAACAAUUGUAUGCAUUCAUGAGAUGUAGUACACGUGAUAUCCUUAAUGUGCUUGGUACUAAUAUAUCCUGCCGUUCUAGCAAUAAUACCGAUCCUCUUUAAACA